GCUACUAAUACUAAUACGACCUUUUUGCUGAACCAGUUUAUGCCAAGUUUCAGCACAAAAUCAAACCAGUGCAAAUAGGGUUGGGUGAUCAAAAGCGGAUUUAACAAGUCUGCUCAUUAGUUCCAAUGUCAAAGUAAAAAUCGGAAUAUGGCUGAUGUAAAUUAAAGACCAUGGUAGGCAUAAUAUGCCUUCAACGGGCCAAGACAUUAACCUACAAGACAUUAAUGAAUACAUUAUCAAACGACUCUGAAUCGAUCGGAGCCAUUUGGGGACGACUAAUUAUGCAGACGUAUGAGAUGAACCGGGCAUGACCCCAAAAGGCUUCUAAAAACAAAAAGAAAAAACGAUCCAAUUAAAAAAAUUUAAAUCUGCAAAAAUACUCAUGCAAUGCUCUCAUCCGUAGCCUUUCCACUGAACGCAAGAAAAAAAAAACUACAAGAAAAAGACGAGUUUUUACAUUUCGACUUUUAACUUUUUUAGACAUUAAGUUAAUUUGACAAUCACAUGAUUUCUGAUGAUAAUCGUGUAUGCACUUGGGAGUUGCACCGUUCUCGAUGAGUGCCAGUUGAUCCCCUCCUUCAGAAAUAAAUGCAGUUACAAUAAUACUGAAAUGUUUGGCGAGGUGGGGGCUGGUGUUGGUGGACGUACCGGGCAAGGAAGAUUUGCUAGUCCAGCUAGCAAACAUGGUUGUUUGACGAUUUCAGUUUUAUGUCAUUGAAAGUUGUCACAAGCAGUUGAUUAAUUCGUUAAACGACGACUAACUAAAGAAUCAAGGCAGGCUCCUCACCCUGGCACUUAACUUAGAUUAGUGACUAAAAUGGACGCUGAACGGCAGGCCGCUCGGGCGUUCGGGGUGCCGCGCCCCGAAGGGAGGCGAGCCACACCCCACCUCCGGUCGCUCUCCUCCUACUCGCGCCGAAUCGUGUGCGAGAGCGCGGACGGCUGGCCCAGCUUCAGCCGCAGCCUGCAGGCCCCCUUCUGCAACAUGAAGAUCAAGAUCGUCAACAGCCGGCCGCCGCCGCUGCUUAGCGGUAAGAGGCGCCUGGACGACUCGGCCCUGGAGGAGGGCGGCAGCACCCCCCCGAGGAAGCGUUUGGCUGUGAGCGCCUCCACCCCGGGCCUGGGGGGCGCCCCGGACGCCCGCGGGGGGCCUUUGGGCAGAAGCCAGGCCCCCCCCUGGUCCCCCGUUAAGGCCCUGGAAGCCCGCAGUCUGAGCCUGAUCAGGAAGGCGGUCGGGGGCGCGGCGUUGGGGCGGGCCGCGCCUCGCUCGCGGCCGGACCCCGUCACCGCGGGCGGGGGUGUUCCGUGCGCGCUGUCCCGCGGCGAGGCCGGGUCCGAGGGAGCCCCGCCCCGGAACGCCCUCCCGCGUCCCGAGAGCCCCGUCCCGACCCCGGACCCGGGCGUCCCGCGGGCGGCGGGCGAGGUGGACGCGGACCACGCCUUCGACUUCGACAUCGAGGACAUCCUGUCCCUCAGCCCCAUCUGCAGCGGGGCCAGCGACGACAGCGAGGGCAUCGAGGCCUUCAUCGAGAGCUGCCACAGCUUCUACGAGAGCAGCCACGCCCAGAGCCCUGCUGGCCACACCCAUAGCCCUGUUGGCCACGCCCACAGCCCUGCUGGCCACACUCAGGGCCCUGCUGGCCACGCCCACAGCCCUGCUGGCCAUACCCAGAGCCCUGUUGGCCACGCCCACAGCCCUGCUGGCCACGCCCAAGGCCCUGAUGGCCACAUCCAUAGCCCUGCUGGCCACGCCCCUUGCCAUGCCCAGAGCCCUGCAGGGAGGGGCGGGGAGGCGGGCGGGGGCGGACGGAAGGAGCCGCUCUCCUUAGACGAGGGCUACUUCUCGCGGUCGUACCGCGAGGCGCUGAGGAGAAGGCCCGGGGGCGUCGGGCAGCGCCUGGAGGUCAGCCCCCUGCAGCGCAGCUCGCUGGCCCUGGGGGCGGGGCCGCCGUCGUCCAGUCCCGAGCAGGCGGCUGUGUUCGGGGGCGGGGCCUUGCCAAGCCCCGCCCUGUGCAGAAACCUGCUGUCGUCUCUGGACGACGCGGCCCAGCCGGGGGCCGCCGGGGCGCUGCAGGGGGUGGAGGGUGUCGGGGUGGGGGCGGGGUUUAGCGUGGGGGCCCCCCCGUACGAGUCCUGGCUGAGGCGGGGCUCUUUUUCGGAGGGGAACCGCGAGGCUGGGGGGCGGGGCAUGACGGUGAAGGUGGAGCUGGCCGAGCGGACCUGGCCGUCUCCCUGCAAGGAGAACACAGGGUCCCCGGGGGACAAGGGGGAGCCCUCCAACAGCGCUCAGCUGUCACCUGUCCAGGUGAGAUCAGUGGUGGUGGUUCCGCAGAAGAGGGCGGAUCAAGACGACGCCAAAUCGGGGCGCGAGCAUCUCAGGAGGCCGGUGGUGUAUGACAGGGAGGCAGACUGGGAGCGUGAGAAGGAGCUGUACGUGGCUGCGGUCACCAGCCACAUGGCUGACAGCACCCCCUGUGGAGGAGGAGUGAUGACGGAGCUCGUCAACCUGAUGAAGACGGUCGCCAGGCAGGGGGUGGGCAACGGCAACGAGCCAUGGCAACACCCGUCUGACCUCACACGCAGAAACUACGGGGGCGGCGCCGGAAAGGCCCGGAUCUCUCUGGACGAAUGGCAGCAGCGGAACCGGACGACUCACUGCCGAUUCGCCGACGUGCCCCCCGAAUUCCAGCGGACCCCCAUCCCGCAAUCUCGUAGCGCCUGAGCCGAAACUGCACUGGACUGCACUGGACGCCCCCCCCGGGGGCGAGCACAUCGCUUAGCACUUACGAUGUCACCACGGUUACCAGACUUCAGGUUCAUUGUUUCCCUUUCCCACGAUUUGGGCUGCACUGGGAGGGACUCGUUCUGUCUCUCUCCUUCCUGGGUUGACAUGGCGACGUGACCAGAGUACUUAAUUAUAUAUAUAUUUUUUGUAUUUUAACCCAGUGUGUGAACUUAAUUGUGUGGUUUUUUUUUUGUGUGUGUUGUUUUGUUGACAUAUUAAUAAUCGUUUUGUUUGAGGGUUUUGUCUGUUCGUUUUCGUCAGAUCAAGAUUUUAGAUUAGAUUCGCUUGAAGUGCAGGCAGUAGCAGUUGACUGUUGAACCGUGUGGCAGUUUUUGUGUGGUUUUUUUGGUUUUAUUUCAUUCCAAAUCUAAUAACUAACCAAAUCGAAUUGUGAUUUUAAUUGUGGUUCAUAUUGGUUAACAUUUAUAUGUGUAUAUACAUUUUAAAAAUGUUUUUUGCUUUUCUUUUUUUAAGAAAUCCUCUGCCAUGUUUAUAGUUUAUAUCGUUGGGCAGUACAGCCUUUAAAGCUGUUCCGACAACGUUGCCUUGGCAACGCUGUGCAGCGGAAGAGCGGGGUUUUUUUGAGGAGACCGCGGCCCUAAAAUGCCGCACCCUCUGUGGUCUCGUUCGCACCUCAGACCGCGAGACCGCGCCCCGUCUUUUACGCACGGCGUGGCGGGGGGCCUCGCCCUGUUCCGGCAGGUUCCGCGCCCUGCUCACGUUCCGGGGAGUUUCUGUGUUUCUGGUUCUGCUGCUGAAAACGGGGAAAACGGGGGAAAAUCCAGAAAGAAAGAAAGGAUGAAAGAGAAAGAAUGGGGGGGGGGAGGAAAAGCACACCUUUAGGCCCUGCAGGGUUUUAACGGGCACUUCGGUUCGUUUUCUGCUUUUUAUUCGCACAUUUUUGACGGAACAAUAAAAAGAAGGUUUUGCACAUCUGUGGUGUGUUGGGA